GCUGGUACCGGCGUGAUCCGCGGCGCCGGGCGAGGGUGGGUGUACCGGGGGUGGGGUCUCCCCCACUUCCUCCAUGGGGCUGGGGGUGCCCCUUUCCUGAGCAGGCUUGCAGAUCGGGCGGGGGAUCCCCCUUUUCUUUCUGCCCCCCUCCGCCUUUGCCGCCCCCAAGUUCUGCUACCCCACCCCACUCCCCCUCAAUGCGGAGAUGGAGUUUACCUCGUACCAACAUUACUUCUACGACCAUGAGGCCCAGGAGGAUUUCCACCGCUCCACGGCACCCAGCGAGGACAUAUGGAAGAAGUUCGAGCUGGUCCCCACGCCCCCCCUCUCCCCCCUGGGUACCCCCGGGGAGAAAGGCUGCUGCUCGGGGGCGGAGGAGCGCUCGGGCUGGCUUUCCCGGUACUGCCUGGCCGGAGACGAGCCGGAGUAUCUCAUCGGGACGGGGGAGAUCUUCGGGAACCUGAGUGCUUUCAUCCUCAAGGAUUGCAUGUGGAGCGGGUUUUCAGCCCGGGAGAGACUGGAGAAAGCCGUGACGGAGAAACUUGCCACGGGCGCGCAGAGGGCAACCCCCCCCAAACCCUCCUCCUUCGCCCAGGAUUUUGGAUUCAGCAGUUCGGUGAGCGAGUGCGUGGAUCCCGCCGCCGUCUUCCUUUGCCCGUUGGCUGAGAGCAAGAUCCCCGCAUCCUCGGGAUCCGAGGGCCAAAGCGAUUCCGAAGGUGAGGAGAUUGACGUGGUGACAGUGGAGAAGAGACAAUCGCUCAGCCUGAGGAAGCCGGUCACCAUCACACUGCGUGCCGAUCCAUUGGACCCCUGCAUGAAACGCUUCCACAUCUCCGUCCACCAGCAGCAGCACAACUAUGCUGCCCGCUCGCCACCAGACGCCUGUCCCCCAACAGAGCCACUGCAGCAGGAUGAGGAUGAGCCACUGACCACCACGGAGUCUCCUCCUGCCAUUACGCUGCCUGAGCCCGGCUUGCCCAAAGCCGGCAGCAGCCCCAGCUCUGACAGUGAGGAUGUGGCCAAGAGGAAAAACCACAAUUACCUGGAGCGCAAGCGGCGCAACGACCUGCGCUCGCGCUUCCUGGCCCUGCGGGACCAGGUGCCCGGCCUCGCCAGCUGCCCUAAGACCCCCAAAGUGGUGAUCCUGAGCAAAUCCUCCGAGUACCUGCAGUCCCUCAUCAGUGCCGAAAGGAGGAUGGCGGCCGAGAAGCGGCAGCUGCAGCUGCGGCAGUCCCAGUUGCUCAAACGGAUUGCUCACCUCAAGGAGCACUAGCACCCAACGUGCCCACCACCCUGGUCCCCAUGACUUCCCCUCC